AUGGGUUUAGAUUCUAUAAGAGAUUUAGGAAUUAUAAUUGAUAAUAAAUUAUCCUUUCAAAAACAUUUUGACACAAUUGUUCGAAAUGCUUAUUAUCGUAUGAAAAUUCUAUUUAAAACUAUUAGAUCUAGGAGCAUUAGAACUUGGACAUUAGUCUAUAAAUCUUAUAUCAGACCCAUACUUGAAUAUGCACCCGAAAUCUGGAACCCUCAUUUCAAAAAAAAUAUAAUACAAAUUGAAAAAUGCCAAAAAUUCUUUACAUCUAUUGCUCUCAAAAAAUGCAUGUUACCUAAAAUUCCUUAUCCUGAAAGACUUAAACUUUUUGGAUUGCAAUCUCUUAAUACCCGCAGAAAAAUUUAUGACCUCGUAACUGCAUUUAAAAUUAUUAAAGGGUUUACCCAUUUAGAUCCUACUCACCUAUACCGAUUUUCUACUCAUCCAUCUCAUAAACAAUUUAAUAGACUUAUGUUUAAAUGCAGAUCCUCAAAAAACGCUCAUUCCUUUGUUAAUAGAAGCUCUUCACUAUGGAAUACUCUUGAUAAAGUUACAUUAAACUCCCACUCAAUAUUGUCCUUUAAACACAGAAUUACUCAACUAUUUAUAAACGAAAUAUAA